AUGCGCUUCACCGCCGUCAUUGUGGCAGCCGUGCUGCCCUUCGACGUCAUGGCCGCCCCCGCCCCCGAUGACAAAGCCAUUGAGUUCUCCCAAGAAGGUUUCGAUACCGACGUCCCGGACGUGGUCCCCGCGGACUAUGACUCCAACGCCGAGGUAGUCAACAUGAUGGCCGACUGCUCCGAGUGGACGAUCCGCCACCUCAAGCGCACCUGCAACCGACACGAUACUUCUUGCUGCUGGGACUUCGCCAUCGAUACGGGCCACCACGACAAGACGCACUGCAGCUUCACCAUCGAGGGCCACCACGCUUCGCGUACUGAUAUCAGCGGAGUCGACUGUGGACCGUUCACAGUGUCGGCUGGCUGGAGUGGCCAGUUCGGCGAGGACAAUGGGUUUUACGUCCUGUCGGUUGUAGAUUAUGAGGAGAAGCUCAUUGUUUGGCCUGGAUACACUGAUGAGGAGCUUGGUUGCAAUGGAAAGGUCGUUCGACCUAACAAAAGCUAUGCCCCUGCUCGCAUUCCUGGCUACUAA